ACAGGUGCGCUCUUAGAAUUGUAGUUCCGUGUAGGAACAAUCAACAAGAAUAAGCCGCUCAGACAAUAAGCAAUAUGUAUCGCCCUUUUUUGCUAGCUGUGGCCAUUGCCGGCUUAUUCGUGGUUGCGAGCCAUGCCUUGGAGAAAGUGAACACCAAUGAUCUCCAGUUCUUAAUUGUGAUCUUUCGCCAUGGAUAUCGAGCAACCGCGUAUACCUACAAGAACGACCCGUAUGGAGAAAAAGUGUGGCCUGGUGGCUUUAGUAGUUUGACAACCGGAGGAACGCUCCAGCAUUACAAGCUGGGCAAAUACUUGGCUAAGCGAUACGACGGCUACAUCGAUAAGGAACGCGCUAUUCGCGAGGUUUAUACGCAAUCCACCAACUAUGAUCGCACCUUGCAAAGUGCCGCAGCCAAUAUGGCGGGCUGGUUUCCGCCCACAAAAAACGAAGUCUGGGACAAAACUCCUUUGGCCAAAGCAUGGAGACCCUUCCCGGUGCGAAUGUCCAGCGAUCCUGCAUUGCUCGGGGAGACUGACUGUGAGGUCAUCGAUAAGCGACCGUACAGACCAGAUCUGCAAAAGAUUUUCGACGCCAUUGAGAAAGAACACAAAGAAUUCCUGGACAUGGUUCGCAGAAACAGCGGCGAAAGCACUAUGACGGUAGCCAAAGGUUUGGAACAAGUGUCAGAUGUUCUGCGCUGCCAGAAGUACGCUGGUAUAAGGCUGCCAGCCUGGGUCACACCAGAUGUAUACAACAAGAUCCAGUAUCUGGACAACCUGCGAUUCCACAUAUGGGUGGGUGGCAAUGGCGACGUCGAGCGAACGCGAGUUAACGGUGGAAAACUCUUCAAAUACUUUAUGGAUUUGUUCGCAAACAAAACCAAGAAUGCAAAAGAUUUGCAAAAGCGCAAAGCUUAUGUUUUUGCAUCGCACGAUAACUCCGUUGGUGGAUUGCUUUCUGUUUUGGAUUUAUACGACUACGGCCUGACCAAUAUAGAAAAAAACAUGGCGAUCCCCUUAUAUGCGAAUACAUUGAUGUUUGAGCUUUACAAAGAUAAUACCGUUCGCAUCCUUCACAAGAAUGAUACGACAGAAAAUAACUUCGAGAACACGGACCCAAUCGUUCUGAAGCACGCUAAAUGCGAUGUGCGCUGUCCUCUUACAAAACUGGUGGAGCUGACCAAAGAUUAUUUGCCAACAACACAGGAAUGGGAGACGGAAUGUGAGGACAAAUCCCGAAGAAGAUUCCCUGUGAAACGCCCAGUGAGGAUUCCUCAGUAAAUUUUUCACAAAUUUCCACAUUUACUGUACUAGAUUGAACUGUUUUGACGGGCUUGAAAUCUUGAUGAGACAAUUCUAACCCUUUUAGCUUGCGCAGUUUUAAUGCUGUUAAUUGCAAGAUUUGGAUGUUGACAUAAAAGGAAAAAAGCCGCACAUGUAGCCCGUACAAUACACGCUUCUGACUUAGAAAACAAGUUUACAAUUGCGACCUAGGUACAAGAUUACAAUGAAAUAAACAAAACAGGGCGAA